AUGAAAAUAAAAACAAGCUGUGUCCUCUUCAUUUAUUUAACCCCUUAUAGUUCCCCAACUGUACGUGUGGAGAGAAACAAGAGAAAAAGAGAGUGUUAGAGAGAUGGCAUUGUUGUUUAGAACAAGAACAAAGAUAAUUAAGCACUUAUUGUUUGCAAAAUGUAGUUUAACUACUAAUUAUAGCAGUAAUAACCCUAGUUUCUUAGGAAUUGCACAAUAUGUUUGUAAUAAUUCUUCUAGUUUUUGGUCUAAUUCCUCCCAUUUUAGGCGUUUUGAAUCUACAAAAGCUGUUGAAUUGAAACUUGAUUCUUCUUACUCUUCUGAAGAUGAUGAUCUUGAUUAUACUUCUGUUCAGGCAAUGGAUUUUCCAGGAGGGAAGGUUACAUUUACAUCACAAAUGAGUUUCAUAGCUGAAUCUACGAAGAUGAGGGUAUCUUGCUAUCGUCUUCUUGGAGGGACUCCUUCAACCAAAAUUCACCAACUUGUAAACCAAGAAUUGGCAGCAAGGAUGUAUACUAGCAUGAUCAAACUUCAAAUAAUGGAUACUUAUCUGUAUGAAGCUCAAAGACAAGGAAGAUUUUCAUUUUAUAUGGCUUCAAAUGGUGAAGAAGCCAUUAAUAUUGCAUCUGCUGCUGCUCUCUCUUCUCAAGACAUAAUUUUUCCUCAGUAUAGAGAACCCGGGCUACUACUAUGGCGUGGUUACACAAUACAAGAAUGUACCAAUCAAUGUUUCGGAAACAAAGAUGAUCUAGGGAAAGGUCGACAAAUGCCGGUCCAUUAUGGGUCAAGUGCACAUAAUUUCUUUACAAUAUCAUCUCCUAUAGCUACACAGCUACCUCAGGCAGCAGGAGCAGCUUAUUCACUAAAGAUGGAUAAUAACAAGGAUGCUUGUGUUGUGGCAUUUAUGGGAGAUGGUUGCACAAGUGAGGGAGAUUUCCAUGCAGGUAUGAAUUUCGCGGCAGUGAUGGAAGUGCCCAUUGUUUUCAUAUGUCGCAAUAAUGGAUAUGCAAUUAGUACUCCUGUUCAAGACCAAUUUCGAAGUGAUGGUAUUGUUGUGAAGGGGCAAGCGUAUGGAAUACGUAGCAUUCGGGUUGAUGGAAAUGACGUUCUUGCUGUCUAUGAUGUUGUCCGAACUGCUCGUGAAAUGGCCAUACAGGAACAGAAACCUAUCUUAAUUGAGGCUCUAACAUAUCGAGUCGGACAUCAUUCAACUUCGGACGAUUCCACGAAGUAUAGGCCGGCUGAAGAAAUCGAGCAUUGGAAAACCAACCAAAAUCCUAUAACAAUUUUUAGGAGCUGGAUUGAGAGAAAUGGCUGGUGGAAUGAAGAAGCUGAUUUGGAAAUUCGAAACAAGAUCAAGAAAGAGGUGAUGGAAGCAAUUCAAAAGGCAGAAAAGUUGGAAAAGCCAGCAGUGAGGGAAUUGUUUACAGAUGUAUAUGAUCAACCAACUAAGGAUUUGGUUCAACAAGAAAUGUUGCUUAAGGAUUUUAUUAAGAGGCAUCCUAAAGAUUAUGUCACUAAUACGGAUGUUUCCCACUGAAUUUUAUUGUUUAUAUUUGAAAUAUUAUAAAUUAAAAAUGUGUAUUGUCAUAGCUUAGAUCCAAAUCUUUUGAUCAGAUUGUAUGUAAAUGUCUCCCAAUGGUUUAUAUUCAUAGAAUGAUCAUUAUUACUGAUUUACUAAUUACUAU